UUUUCCAAAACUGGUUAGCCGAAAUCUCCGUAAAACAUUUUGCAAAGGAAUUUUCUUGAUUUCCUGGAACUUUAACAGCAAUAUGAGGGCUUUAAGUGUUCGACGCCUAUUUUACCCCUUUGUGAAACGCACUUUCCUCGCACAAUUCAUGAAAUAUUACAAUGGUAAUGGGAAUAUAAUCAAGCAGGUAGCUCGUAAUUUUAGUAUUCAACUCCGGGGAUCCGCCUAUUGGGAUCUCGACACCGUGCAUCCGAUGUUGGCCGGACUCUGCAUCUUCGUCUUAGUAGAACAUAAGCGGACGGAUCUCCAGCGAAAGCUUCGCACCAAACUAAUGGACCGGCUUUUGAAUAUCAUCGAGUGUGUGGAUCCCAUGACUGUGCACAUUCUGGUCGAGAAGCUGCUGACUGAUCUGGAGGAAUCGAAUGCCUGCCAGGAGCGGAACCUCUUCAUAUUGGCCUCCGUGUUCUCGAAGUGCUCAUGGCGCGGUCGUCCUCUGGCCGUCUGCCUGCUGUGGGUAAUUCUCAGUCGCAGAAUACCCGCUCUAGAGGUCACCAUGCAUCGCUACCGGGAGCUCGAGGAGCUGGUAAAUGCUGUGGAUCACCUACCGACCCCCGAGCCGAUCGAUUGGGGCUGGGCUGUUUUGGACGAGGCUAGGCAAGAGAAGUUGGAUGGGCUAAUCACUUUGGUAGAAUCGGUCGAACUGCUGAUUUGCCUCAUCAUGACCGAUAACCAUGAGCUCCUAGAAGCUGGCUACCCGGAGCACUUCUUUCGAAUAAGCCAAUCCGACGCCAUAGCCCUCAAGAGCUGGUUUCUCGAGGUCACCGAGCAGAUGCCUUUGGGAUACUGCGAACAUUCCGAAAAGCUAACUGCAAUUAUCGGCAAUAUGAUGUCAAUAAUUUAAGAGGUUACUUGUAAAACCUUUCAAAGUAUUUACGAUAAAUACAGAAGAGAUGAACAGUACGCCAAGAAAAGUACUGAAACCAUGUGAUAUUGAAUAGAUCAUAGUUUAAUAAUAUGGUAAUAAUUCCAUGCACUCUGCAAACCAAAUAAUCAUAAACUGGAAGACAAUAUAUGGGCGGUGAAAACACUACCUUGGGAACACAUACCAGCAUGACCCUCAAAACGAAGACAUUUCAAAACCAAACUCAAGAUCUUUAGUCUUUUAAGAUUUUACACUCGCAUGAAAACAUGAUUUAUUUCAAAUAUUUCAUAUUUAAUAAUAUGGUAAUAAUUCCAUGCACUCUGCAAACCAAAUAAUCAUAAACUGGAAGACAAUAUAUGGGCGAUGAUAACCCUACCUUGGGAACACAUACCAGCAUGGCCCUCAAAACGAAGACAUUUCAAAACCAAACCACUCGC